CUGACGAACGGCCAUUUUUACCCCCAUUGAUUGCUGUUUGUGCAUAGGUGGUGAACUGAAAAGAAAGUAUCUGCGAUUAGUUUGAUUGCAAGUUUUUAUCUGCUCAGUUUGACUUAGAUACCCAACUGGAUUGAACCAAACUGAAAUUAUGUUUGUGUAUAACGUUACCGCUCUUCACAUUUCCUGUUGACAUCCGAUUUGGGAUAGAUGUCCGUAUAAACUGUCGCCCAAAUGGAAAUGGUGCCCAGCGAAGAAAACCAGCUCGUACCCAAAGAGGGGCUGUUUUGGAGUUGCAGACAAAGCAUUUUUGAGGAAAUGAAGCAGAGAUAUUCUCAGAUAGAGAGUGCAGCUGAGGAGCCUCGUGUGCUGUGCAUCGUCCAGGAUACCACCAAUGCCAAGACGGUCAAUGAGCGUCUGACCCUUAACCUGCCGGCCUCCACAACCCUCUCCAAACUUUUCGAGGACGUGGCCCACAAGGCUGGCUAUGUGAACGGCACCUUUGACUUGGCCUGGGGCAACUCAGCGGACAUGGCGCCCCUGGACCAGGCCAGUGAGAUGACCUUGGUGGAGUCGGGGUUCGAGGCGGGCAAGAAGAACUUUCUCCAGCUGAUCGAUAAGGAUGGGGAGCAGCCACAGAUCGCCUCUGACGAGUCGGGCACGGCGGACAGCAGCGGAUUGGACGACAGCUCCCAGGACCGCUUCAUCGGGCCACUGCCCAGAGACGGCACCGUGGGCUGCAGCAGCGACUACAGCAGUCCCAGCUACUCGUACUCCUCCAUCCUCAACAAGUCUGAGACCGGGUAUGUGGGGUUGGUCAAUCAGGCCAUGACGUGCUACCUGAACAGCCUUCUGCAGACACUGUUCAUGACUCCGGAGUUCCGAAAUGCACUGUACAAUUGGGAGUUUGAGUCGGAGUCGGAGGAGGACCCGGUCACCAGUAUCCCAUACCAGCUGCAGAGACUCUUUGUGCUUCUGCAGACCAGCAAGAAGCGUGCCAUCGAGACCACAGAUGUCACGCGGAGCUUCGGCUGGGACAGCAGCGAGGCCUGGCAGCAGCAUGACGUACAAGAGCUGUGCCGGGUCAUGUUCGACGCCCUUGAGCAGAAGUGGAAGCAGACUGAGCAGGCGGAUCUGAUCAACCAGCUGUAUCAGGGCAAGCUCAAAGACUACGUGCGCUGUCUGGAGUGUGGCUACGAGAGCUGGAGGAUCGACACGUACCUGGACAUCCCUCUCGUCAUCCGGCCGUUUGGGUCCAGCCAGGCCUUUGGGAGUGUGGAGGAGGCUCUGCAGGCCUUCGUCCAGCCUGAGACUCUGGACGGACCCAACCAGUACUUCUGCGAGCGCUGCAAGAAGAAAUGCGAUGCCCGCAAGGGCCUGAGGUUUCUGCACUUUCCCUACCUGCUGACCCUGCAGCUGAAACGCUUUGACUUUGACUACACCACUAUGCACCGCAUCAAGCUCAAUGACCGCAUGACCUUCCCUGAGGAGCUCGACAUGAGCCCCUUCAUCGAUGUGGAGGAUGAGGACAUGAUUAAUGGAUGUGUAGAACCAGUCAUUGCUGGUGUGCCGGCGCCUCGGCCUCACUCUCCUCCUCUCCCCUCUCCUCCCCCUACGCAACAGAAGUCUCCUCAGACGGAGAGCUGCACCGACAGUGGGGCGGAGAACGAGGGCAGUUGCCACAGUGACCAGAUGAGUAACGACUUCUCCACGGACGACGGCGUGGACGAGGGCAUCUGCCUCGACAGCGCUGGCAGCACAGAGAGGGUACUGAAGCCAAAGAGCUCGCUGACCUUUGAGCUGUUCUCCGUCAUGGUGCACUCUGGGAGUGCGGCAGGGGGACACUAUUACGCCUGCAUCAAGUCCUUCAGUGACGGCCAGUGGUACAGCUUCAACGACCAGCACGUCAGCAAGAUCACACAGGAUGACAUCAGGAAGACAUAUGGGGGGUCCUCGGGGAGCAGAGGCUAUUAUUCCAGUGCCUUUGCCAGUUCUACCAAUGCAUAUAUGCUCAUAUACAGGUUGAAAGAUCCCACAAGGAAUGCAAAGUACUUGGAUGCGGAGGAUUUCCCAGAGCACAUCAAGCGUCUCGUCCAGAGAGAGAAGGAGUCUGAGGAACAAGAGAAGAGGCAGCGGGAGAUCGAGCGCAACACAUGCAAGAUCAAGCUGUUCUGCAUGCAUCCGGUGAAGAACAUGAUGAUGAUGGAGAACAAGCUCGAAGUGCACAAAGACAAAACGCUCCGUGAAGCCACAGAAAUUGCAUACAAGCUCAUGGAUCUGGAGGGCGUGGUGACGCUGGACUGCUGUCGGCUGGUGAAGUACGACGAGUUCCACGAGUACCUGGAGCGCUCGUACGAGGGCGAGGAGGACAUGCCCAUGGGCCUGCUCCUCGGCGGGGUCAAGUCCUCGUACAUGUUCGACCUGCUGCUGGAGACGCGGCGGCCGGACCAGGUCUUUCAGCCCUACAAACCGGGAGAGGUCAUGGUGAAAGUCCAUGUUGUGGACCUGAAGAGCGAGACCAUCGCCCCUCCUGUGAGCGUCAGGGCUUACCUGAACCAGACGGUCACCGAGUUCAAGCAACUCAUUGCACAGGCUGCGGGGCUUUCUGCAGAAACCAUGCGUGUGGUCCUGGAGCGCUGCUAUAAUGACCUUCGGCUCCUCUAUGUGCCCAACAAGACACUGAAAGCAGAAGGUUUCUUCAGGAGCAACAAGGUGUUUGUGGAAAGCUCUGAUUCUGCCGAUCACCAGGUCACUUUCACUGACUCCCUUUUGUGGAAACUGCUGGACCGCCACGGGAACACAAUCCGACUGUUUGUCUCUCUGCCCGAGCAGUCGCCGGGCUCCCUGGUCAAUAGAACUAGUUGCCCCAAGGCGGGCGCCCCUAGUGGCGGUGGCGGGGACUCUGAGGACUCUCUGGAGGGGGGAGCCAAGGGCAGCAGGAAGUCUGUGGAGGCCAUCCUGGAGGAGAGCACAGAGAAGCUCAAGAACCUGUCCCUGCAGCAGCAGCAGCAGCAGGCCAGCAGUGGCAGUGGCAGCGGCAGCCAGAAGAGCUCUGACCACAGCGAGUUCGAGCACAUCAGCUCCCUGGCCCAGGAGCCGGAGUCGCCGUCCACCUCGCAGCCGGUCACUGCUGCUACCGCCGCCACUACUGCCACCCUUCCCCAGGCUACCCAGCAGCCCCUGCAACCGCAGCAGGAGAGCCGGACGCUCGCCGGGGGCAGCGGGAGCGUCGGUGGUUCCGGUGCCGCUACCGCUUCCACCUCCGACCCGGACAACCAGUUCCCGCUGGAGGAGCGCUCGGACUCGGACGUGAACAACGACCGCAGCACGAGCUCGGUGGACAGCGACAUCCUGAGCUCGAGCCACAGCAGCGACACGCUGUGCAACGCCGACAGCAGCGGCCCGCUGCCGCUGGCCAACGGCCUGGACUCGCACAGCAUCACCAGCAGCCGGCGCUCCAAGGCCCACGAGGGCAAGAAGGAGACGUGGGACACGGCCGAGGAGGACUCGGGCACCGACAGCGAGUACGACGAGAACGGCAAGAGCAAGAACGAGGCCCAGUACCUCUACUUCAGGGCUGAGCCCUACACGCAGGAGGAAGGCACGGGAGAAGGACAGAAAUGUCUACUGGUCCACGUGGACAAGAGAAUCACACUGGCAGCGUUCAAGCAUAACCUGGAACCCUUUGUGGGCGUCGCGUCCACACAGUUCAAAGUGUUCCGCGUCUAUGCCAACAACCAGGAGUUUGAGAGCGUCCGGCUAAAUGAGACGCUGUCCUCUUUCUCAGACGACAACAAGAUAACCGUUCGGCUAGGGAGGGCGCUGAAGAAAGGAGAGUACCGAGUGAAGGUUUAUCAACUGCUCGUCAAUGACCCAGAGCCCUGUAAGUUCCUGGUGGACACAGUGUUUGCCAAAGGGAUGACCGUGAGGCAGUCCAAAGAGGAGCUCCAGCCUCUGCUGAAGGACCAGUGCAAGCUGGAUCUGAGCAUCGACAGAUUUCGUCUCAGGAAGAAGACCUGGAAAAACCCCGGGACGGUGUUUCUGGACUACCACGUCUACGAAGAAGACAUCAAUAUUUCCAGCAACUGGGAGGUUUUCUUGGAGGUUCUCGAUGAACCAGAGCGGAUGAAGUCCAUGUCCCAGCUGGCAGUGCUGACCCGACGCUGGAGGCCGUCCCAGAUGAAGCUGGAGCCCUUCCAGGAGGUGGUGCUGGAGAGCAGCAGUGUGGAGGAACUCAAAGAAAAGCUCAGUGAACUGAGUGGGAUUUCCCUUGAAAACCUGGAGUUUGCCAAGGGUCGAGGGACAUUUCCUUGUGAUAUCUCGGUGUUGGAGAUUCAUCAGGAUUUAGAUUGGAACCCCAAAGUGUCCACCCUCAACGUCUGGCCUCUCUACAUCUGUGAUGAUGGAGCUGUGGUCUUCUACAGGGACAGUGCGGAGGAGCUGGUGGAGCUGUCGGAGGAGGAGCGCAGCGAGCUGAUGAAGAAGGAGAGCAGCCGGCUGCUGAAGACGGGCCACCGCGUCAGCUACUCGCCCCGCAAAGAGAAGGCCCUGAAGAUCUACCUGGACGGCGGGCCCGCCAAAGACCCCGCACAGGACUGAGGCCGAGGCGGAGCCCGCCUUUCCUCCUCGAAGCGUCGUCUCUCUCUCUUUCUUUCUUUCUUUCUUUCUUUCUUUCUCUCUCUCUCUCUCUGUCUUUCUUUCUUUCUUUCUUUCUUUCUUUUUCUCUCUCUCAUUUCUUUCUUUCUUUCUUUCUGUUUUCUCUCUCUCUCUCUCUCUCUCUCUCUCUCUUUUUUAAAUAAAUAAAAGAAGAAAAAACUUUUAUUUUUUGUUCCCGCUGGCCUGCCUGCCGCUGCGUAGCGCCCCCCAGCCCGCGUCCCUGCGUGGGUCCCGCGUUGAAUCAACGUACCUAGUGCUGUUGGGCUGACGGCCCUGCACCCCGAACUGCAAAGGGGGAGGGGGGUCGGGGUAUAGCGUGGCUCUGAUAACUAUUGUGCACUAUAGUUUAUUGUACUGUAAAGUUUAAAGGGAUGUGCAAAAGCUAUUUCAUUUGUGAAUCAAAAAGAAAUGAAGAAAAACAAACAAACACAAAAAUCCAAUUCCAUUCAGACAAAUCAGACCCAUCAGGUUCAGAGGGAGGUGCACAAGAGGAACAGAGGCUCAUAAAGAGAUGAUCUCAUUCGCUCUCUCUUUCUCUCUCUCUCUCUUUACCCCCCCCCCCCCCCGUCUCUCUCGAUCUGAUCCUCCUCUUCACUCUCCCUUUUUAUUCUCGACAAUGAUUUUGUCUGUCCACUACUUUCAUUCUUUUCUUUUCGCUCCCUCAUGCCUUUUUUGUCUCUGAGCAUUCUCUCUCUCUCUCUCUCUCUCUCUCUCUCUCUCUCUCUCUCUCUCUCUCUCUCUCUCUCUCUCUCUCUCUCUCUCUCUCUCUCUCUGUCUCAUGGGGAGUGUUUUGAUGGGAGCCCUCCCUGUUCAUAUGUGCACUUUUUUGUUUUCUCAUUGGAGCAUCUCCAAAGUGACUUGGAAAUCUUCAUCCACCUAUGCCCCUGUGAAGCCACAGUCUAGUCUUCUUCCAUUUCAAUGUCUUCUGCAGACUCCAAUCAUAGUUUGAUGCUGACGUGUAAAAUUGUUGAUUGAUCGAAUCAUUUUCUUUUUUUGUUUUAUCAUUCAACUAUAAAAGCGAUAGUAAGUGAACUGCUUUCCUCUCACCCGCCCUACCCUUCAUGGCUGUUGAGGUUUGCUGUUUCUCUGUACAUUUGAUUGUCUUUUUUUUUCUUCUCUCCUCUUGUUUGACCUCCCUUCAUAUGUGGGAGGUGCUGUGUCCCUCCAACGCCCGGCAGAACUGUGCCACCUCCUCAGGCUUCCUGAGCUUCAGAUUGGAAUGCUUCUCUGACUGAACGGAACAAUAUGUCCUCCCUGAGGGGGUGCUGCUCGAUACUGGUACAUAUUAGUCUGCCUAGCCUCCAGGGAUAGACACACAAACCAAGUAGAGAGCACCAUUUACCUUUUUCUUUUUUUUUGCCUUUUUUUAAAAAAAAAAUGUAAAUUAUUCUCACCCCAGACUUAAUGAUGAUGUUAGGUCUUGUGAGUGACCUCUGGCACACAUUUUAAUUUUUUUGGUUUGUAUUUAACCUUUUGUUCGUUUAGAUUAUGAUGUGUUUUUUUUUUUUUUUUUUUUCUUUUUAUUUGUGCACGAUGUGAGCGGAGCCUUGGUUGGGGUGUGAGUGGGUUGGGGUGGGGGGUACUUGAGUGAGUUGUGCAGGUAACCAGAGCUUGAGGGGUUUAACUGGGCUGACCGCUGCUGCUGCUUGAUGUAGACUGAAAAGCAGACUGAGUGGGUCGCGUACACACACACACACACACACUUAAACAUACACACAGACAGACACACACACAUCCCCAAGCCUGGUACCGCAUCACCACAGAACCAGGGCAAAUACACCAGGCUCCUUGUGCCGCCACAAGCUGUUCACAGUAGACAUGCCAAUACAGAAAUAAAGAGAUAAUAAAUUUCC